ACCUUGGAGCGCAGCGGGGCGGGGUCUCUGUCAAACCUGUUGUGCGUCUCUCCGCGCGGACUGUGCGGAUCCGGGUGUCUGCUGGGGUCUUUUGGAAGUUUCUCGGGCUACUCUGACGCUGGGAGGACGGCACAGCAGCCUGGCGAGCUCAGAACAUCCUCCUGAUGAAGAAGGUUCCUCUUCCUCACAGCUCAGUUUCUACAUCACAGCAGCAGGUUGCCUCAACAGGUAAAGAGGAGCUGCCAUGUUGGCCUCCUCCAUCCCCCCGUCACUCCUCCUCCUCCUCCUCCACAUCCUCUCCCCUUUCUCCCAACCUGUGGAUGCCUCGAUACACGUGGAGUUGAAGGGCGCCCCCCUGUCGCACCUGCUCCUGGAUCCUGGAGCAGGACAUAUUUAUGUGGGCGGGGUCAAUAAUCUGUACCAGCUGACCACUGACCUCGAGGUGUUGUCGCACGUAAAGACCGGCCCUUACCGGGACUCUCCAGAGUGCCUCCCACCAAUCGUGCUUCAGGAAUGCCCAUCAGCCAAGGACACUGACAACUACAACAAAUUGCUGCUGAUGGAGACAGGGCAGGGGGCGGAGCCAGGGAGUCUGAUAGUUUGUGGAUCACUGUUCCAGGGAAUCUGUGAAAAGAGGAGUCUGUCCAACAUUUCUCAGCUCAUCUAUCAGACGUCCAAUCCCGUUGACACUCAGUACGUCGCAGCCAACGCUCCAGGUGUCUCCACUGUUGCCGUGGUAAUUACCACGAAAAAUAAGCAGGAAGGGGGCGGGGAUGGUGACGUGCUGCGUCUGAUGCUGGUUGGUCGAAGCUACACUAGCAAAGGCCCUGGUGAUAUCCCACCAAUCACGACACGGUGGCUGUUUCCAGUGGUUCCACCCCGCAGAGCAUUCUCUCAGGAGGAGGAGCUUGGAAAACUUGUUGUAGGAAGUUACUCCGAUUACAACAACCACUUUGUGAAGGCUGUUGUCCAUGGCAACCAUGUCUACUUCCUGUUCUCACGGCGGCACAAGAAGGAGUACCGGACUUACGCCUCCCGGCUCUGCAUCUCUGAUCGUAGCUUCUACUCAUACGUUGAGGUGCCGCUGCUGUGCCAGGGCGGGUAUAACCUGGCACAGGGUGCAUGGUUAGGUAACCACUCAGGUGAACCUCACCUGUUUGUCGUCAUGGCAGCGGGGCAGGCGUCCACGCCCGUAGCAACAAAUCGUUCAGCUCUCUGCGUUUAUGGCAUGGCGGAGUUGGACACAAUGUUGCGGAGAGCACAGGAAGUGUGUUACACAGAGGGAGGACAAGGCAGCGGUGGAAAAGAGGAGGCCUACAUCGAGUACGGCGUGUCAUCAAAAUGUCUCAAACUGCCAAAGGACUCUCUCUCAGAGUACCCCUGUGGAGGGGAACACACCCCCAACCCCAUCGCUAGCGCCGUGCCCCUCAAAGCCACGCCCAUUGUCAACUCCACCAUACAGCUGACCGCUGUCACCACAGCAACAGAGGCGGGACACACCAUCGCUUUCCUGGGAGACAGAAAAGGACAACUGCAAAAGGUGUUGGUGAUCUCCAAUCAGUCAGGCCAUCUGUAUGGCAGCGAGUUGGUGGACAGUGGCAGUGCCGUCAGCGCUGAUCUCCUAUUGGAUGAGAACCAGGAGCAUGUUUAUGUUUUAACAAACAGCAUGCUGUCGAAGGUUCCUGUGUCGUCCUGUGAGAAACAGACAGACUGUCGCUCCUGUCUCGCUGUCCGAGACCCGUACUGUGGCUGGUGUGUCCUGGAGGGAAGAUGUUCCCGGAAACAUCAGUGUCAGCGUCACCUGCAGCCCAACCACUGGCUCUGGAGCUUUGAACCAACCAGUCAGUGCGUGACAGUGCAGAGCCUGCAGCCGGCCAAUCACAGCAAAGAAGAGCAGACGCAGGUAACGCUGUCGGUCCCCCAGCUUCCCGCCCUCGCAGAGGAGGAGUCUCUGUCCUGCAUCUUCGGGCUCCUCCCACCUCAGCCUGCCAUUGUCAUGGGAAACAGCAUCACCUGCCAAUCCCUGCCCCGGAGCACCUCCCACCACUGCCCACAGGAAGCGGUGAAUCACAUGAUCCUGCCAGUGUCACUCAUGUUUGGUCAUGUGACCGUCACAACGGGCAAUAUGACCUUCUAUGACUGUAUGGCUGUAAGCCGACUGAACCAGAGUUCCCAGUGUUUGGCGUGUGUCAGCAGUGUGUGGCGCUGUAACUGGUGUCCUCUGGAUCAGCUCUGCACUCACAACCACAGCUGUCCAAACCAGCACAUCAUCCUCAACCACAGAGACUCUCCUGGUCCUACUUCCUGUCCGCUAGUCUACGCUCUCCAGAGCUCUGCUUUAGUUCCCAUGGGCCUGAGCGCCACAGUGGUGCUGCGGGGACGAAACCUGGACGUCUACACUGAUGAAGCUCCAUAUGUGUGUGUUGUUGAAAUCGAAGGAUCUCGGAUUAAUCUGACAGCUUCUGUGGAGAAAAUGCACGACAACACGCACACUUUCACCUGCAGGCAGCAUCAAUUUCAACAUCCAGUCAGUCAACUUCAGUAUUCUGCUCCUGUCUACCUGCGUAGAGGGGAACGACGCAUUGAUGCCUCACCUGGACUCCGACUCCAGCUGUAUGACUGCUCAGCUGGCCAAUCAGAUUGCUCACAGUGCCGGGCGGUGCCUAAAGAGUACGGCUGUGUGUGGUGUCCUGGAAGCCCAGCCCCGAGCUGUGUGUACAACCGAACCUGCUCCAGUGAACCUGCAGACACCUGCCCGCCUCCUCAGAUCACAAAGGUGGAACCUGCCUCCGGUCCUCUAGAGGGCGGCAUUCUGGUGACGAUCACAGGAUCGAACCUGGGCAUGAAGUAUGAAGAUGUGGUGGGCGGAGUCACUGUGGCGGGUAUUCAAUGUUUGCCUCAGUCUAAAGGUUACAAGAUCUCCACCAGGGUUGUGUGUGAGCUGCAGCCUAGUGGGAAGCAGAAAGAAGGGCCCAUCUUGGUUACUGUGGGAACAACUCGUGGGAGGUCAACAAAGAUGUUCACCUAUCAGGAUCCUCGUCUCCAGGAUCUGGUUCCUAAUAAAGGUCCCGUCUCCGGAGGAACCAGGCUGACCAUCAAGGGACGACAGCUGCUGACCGGGCAGACGUCUGACCUGAGCGCCUUCCUGGGCACCCAGCCCUGCUACAUAGUUGAAGAGGUGAAUGACACGCAGCUGGUGUGUCAGACUGGUUCCAGCAAUCGCACGGGUCUCGUCCCAGUUCGGGUUCUGUUUGGUAAAGCCGAGCGGACUAUUCCAAACAUUACCUUCCAUUACCUCGAAGACCCCGUCAUCACCAACGCCAUACCUGCCGAGAGCUUCUACGCGGGUGGGCGUGUCAUACGGGUGGAGGGCAGGAACCUGGAUGUGGUGCAGCAGCCAAUCAUAUCUGUGUGGGUGGAGCCUCUAGAGAUACAAAGGGUGAAACGGAAGAAACGACUGGCUCUUCUCACCUCCAAGCAGCAGCUCGUCUUUAACAGCACAAUGACAACGGUAUCAGAGCGCUGCUCCAUCCUGUCGUCCUCUCAGAUGACUUGCCCGACCCCCAGAGUGAACCCAGAGGUCAAAGUUAAGGGCGUCUGGUUUCAGCUUGAUAACGUCAGAGUCCACUAUGAGAGCAUCAAGGGUAAAAGCUUCACUUAUUAUCCAAACCCGGUUUUAUUUCCAAUCAACCGAGAAAAUCUAGAUGUGCCAUUCCGUUUCAAACCUGGAGGAGUGAUCGCUGUGGAGGGCCAGGACCUGACCAGAGCCAUGUCCAAAGAGGAAGUGAAGGCUUGGCUUGGAGAUCAGGAGUGUGACGUGAAAACUCUGGACAGUACUCAUCUGUACUGUGACCCUCCAGAGGUCCAACCACUCAGUGUGGAUGACAGCAAUGAACUUCCUAGCCUCAAGGUUUUCAUGGGAAACCUGCAAGUGGACCUGGGAUUGGUUCAGUACGACAGCAACUCUCUGCUGCCUGCUGUCCCAUUGGCUGCUCAGAUCGGUUUGGGGGCGGGAGCAGCUGUCAUCAUCCUGUCAGUGUUGGUCAUCAUCCUCAUGUACAGGAGGAAAAGUAAACAGGCUCUCCGAGAUUAUAAAAAGGUUUUACUGCAGUUAGAAACUCUGGAGAUCAACGUGGGAGAUCAGUGCCGCAAAGAGUUCACUGACCUGAUGACAGAGAUGAUGGAUCUGAGCAGUGAUGUGGGAGGACCAGGAGUCCCCCUCUUGGACUACAGGAUCUAUGCAGAGAGAGUUUUCUUCCCUGGCCAGCAGACGGCGCCACUGAGUCGUCAGCUAGAUCUGCCUGAGUCGAGGAGGCAGACUGUGGAGCAGGGCCUGCAGCAGCUCAACAACCUGCUCAAUAACAGACUCUUCCUCACCAGGUUCAUCCACACUUUGGAGGCCCAGCAGGGUUUCUCCCAGCGAGAUCGUGGCUAUGUGGCCAGCCUGCUCACCAUGGCUCUGCACGACAAACUGGAAUACUUCACCGAAGUCAUGAAGAGUCUGCUGCAGGACCUGGUGCAGCAGUAUGUUGCCAAAAACCCCAAACUCAUGCUGCGCCGGACAGAGACGGUUGUUGAGAAGAUGUUGACCAACUGGAUGUCUAUCUGCCUCUAUUCCUUUCUGAAGGAGGUGGCGGGAGAGCCUCUCUACAUGCUCUACAGAGCCAUAAAGUAUCAGGUGGACAAAGGGCCGGUGGAUGCUGUGACGGGAAAAGCCAAACGAACGCUUAACGACAGUCACCUGCUGCGGGAGGACAUUGAAUAUUGCUCAGUGACUCUGACAGUGCUGGUGAAAAACGGAGUCGAAGUUCAGCCAUGUCCUGUUAAAGUGCUCGACACCGACACGAUCACACAGGUAAAAGAUAAGAUCCUGGAUCAGGUCUACAGAGGAGCUCCAUUCUCUCAGAGACCAUCAGCUGACAGUCUUGACCUCGAGUGGCGUUCAGGCCAAGCAGGUCACCUGACCUUGUCGGAUGAUGAUGUCACAGCAGUGGUUCAAGGUCGUUGGAAACGACUCAACACACUGCAGCACUAUAAGGUUCCCGACGGCGCCACAGUCGCUCUCAUCCCUCGUUCUCAAAGUUCAGGUGGAGUGGGAGUCAACCAGGUCUUCCAAACUGGAGAGAAAACGCCGAUGCUGGAGGGUGAGGAGGAGGAGGGUCUGCGUCUAUGGCACCUUGUGAAGAGCAGUGAAGAUCCUGAAAUCCCAAAACACAGAAAGAGCAGUAUGAGGGAGAGAGAGAGAGCCAAGGCCAUCCCAGAGAUUUACCUGACCAGGCUGCUGUCCAUGAAGGGGACAUUGCAAAAGUUUGUGGAUGACGUGUUUGUGGCGAUACUCAGUACAAAGCGUCCUCCUCCAAUCGCCGUGAGGUUUUUCUUCGACUUUUUGGACGACAUGGCUGAGAAACAUGGAAUUGACGACCCAGAGACUGUCCACAUCUGGAAGACCAACAGUCUCCCUCUCAGGUUCUGGGUCAACAUCCUGAAGAACCCUCAGUUCGUUCUGGACGUUCAGGUGACCGACAGCAUCGACGCCGUUCUGUCUGUCAUCGCUCAGACCUUCAUAGACUCUUGCACCACCUCUGAGCACAAAGUGGGACGGGACUCACCUGUAAACAAGCUGCUGUAUGCCAGAGAGAUCCCCAGAUACAAACAGCUGGUGGAAAGGUAUUACAGUGACAUCCACAGUGCUGCAUCAGGCUGUUAUCAAGAGAUGAAUUCCACUCUGACUGAACUUUCUGGGAGUUUUGCAUCAGAAAUGAACAAUCUUGUGGCUCUCCAUGAGCUCUACAAGUACAUCAACAAAUAUUAUGAUCAGAUCAUCAUGUCUCUGGAGGAGGACAGUUCAGGGCAGAAGAUGCAGCUGGCCUAUCGGUUGCAGCAGGUCGCCGCCUUGGUGGAGAACAAGGUCACGGACCUCUGAUGUCCUUUUAUCUUAAAUGAGCAGAGAAGGAUGAUGGAGGAUGGGGAUGAAGAAUCAUAAGAAACAUCUUGACAAAGACUGAAGCAGUGGAAAUGACUGGACUGCUGUGGCACUGUGUCUUCCUGCUGUGUGUGUGUGUGUGUGUGUGUCAGGAUAUAUGAGCUUUUAUAGUCCGACUCAGGAGAUCCCAGGUCUUUAGAUUUCCUCACAGAGCAGCAACAGUGAAACUAAAGUUAAACUAACCUAAACCAAACCUGAAGCCGCAUUACGCCGACUGACACCAGCCUAUGGUGGAGAACGACAAUCUUACCAAUUAGAUCAGGGAAUAUCACCAUCACCUGCUGCCUUGCACUAUGUUUCCCAGAGUUCCCUGCUGUUCUACUGUCUGUGAGUCAAAAAGCACAAGUGAAAUAGUUUCUACUCAGAUUCUCAUGUAUUGAUUAUUGAGCUCCUGGUCGCAGACGUGCUGUUUGUAAGUUUCGCCUUUUCUACUGAAACCAGCAGCUCUGAUGUUGACGAUCUGGGCAGAGUUUUAAGAAGCGCAAUAAAAGAACCAAAAUCAGGGAGCAUUUAAACCACGUUUCAGCGUGACUCCAGUUUCUCAUUAACAGUGACCUGCUGGUCCCAGUCCUUCCAGCCUUCCUCAGUUGCAGGUGUGGGUCCAGACUGCUUCAUCAAUCUGUUUUGUAUGAGUGCUGAAUGUGACCAAGUGAGGAUCUUUGUCAGAGAUGAAAACAAAUUUAAUCCACAUCUUUUUUAAACCGUUGACUCCAAGGAAGGGACUCCAGCGGUACCAGAAUCCAGUGUGACAGUCCUCUCCCAGACUGACCCAGACGAACUUUAGCUUUAAGAAGAGUGAGAGUUUGAAGCUUAGUCUUCAAAGUAGACAGGGUGUCUGCUUCCCAAAGCCAAAGUGGGAGCUGGCUCUACUUCUCUUUCUAUUUUAGGAAACUCUCACUCUAGACAAUCCUUUUGAUUUCACCAGAUGUGUUCCACAGUGUCUCUCCACUCUGAUAUGCUGAAAGGAAAAAGUACUUUUACCACUUACAGAAGUAGUUAUGAAUCAGGUGGGUGUCAUGCAUGCUUAUGCACACCACAACUGCAAACUUCAGCCACAGUCCUCGACCACAUCAGCUGGUAGCUCAGCAUGUUUUUAAAACUGCUUCAUCCUGACCGCAGUUGCUUUGAUGUGCAAGCUGCUUUGCAGCCCAGCUCCACCUUUCAUGGUGCAUCUGACUUCAUCAAAGUGAUAUGUCUUCACUGACAUAUGCUCUGCCCUGUGCUGGGUCUUUAUCUUGCUCUCCCUGCCUAUUGCUGACAUGCAUUGAAGGAUAUGUGCUCUAAUGUCAUUUUAUUUCUAAUUGUUAGAGUUCAUAGAUUAUUUUAAUGUUAUAAAUAAACCCUUUUGAAUUGUCUAUUUAGAAGGGUUCAUAACCGUUUUCCUGUAACUCCAUAAUGAAGCUAAGAAGCAGGUCAUAAUGGCUAUUGUGUGCAAGAAACUGUCUAACAAUUUACUCCUUGAAGGGAACCCUUGAAGCUCUUUUCUGUCAUGUUUCAGUCCAUGUUCCUGUCAGUACUCUUGCUGGAGCAUUUUCGAUGAUUGCAGCUGGAGCUUCUUAGGACUGAAGGAAUUGAACAAAAGUCCAGCUUACGAAUGACUGAUGUCCGUAAUUUAGACAGUAUUGUGCAGGUGAAAGGAGGCAGUGGUGGAGACGGAGACUGGAGUCACACUGAAUGUUCAACUGAAACAUUGAAGUCGAACCUGCUGAAAAAACAAUCUAAAAUCUGUGGGAGGAGUUACAGAGUGUGUGUGUGUGUGUUUGUGUGGUUGUGUCUGUGUGUGUGUUUGUGUAAGCGAGAUAAAGAGAUAAAGAGAUAAAGAGCGGCUGUGUGCUAGCUAGUUACUAACUUAUUGUGUGUACAUACUGUAAGUCCUAUUUAUACUUAUUUAAUCCCAGCUGUGCCUUCACUCUUGCAGCUAGGUGGCGCUGUCUGUUCUGACAGCAGCCUUAUUGAUCAUGUAUCCCCCUGCUAAUUGGGAAAAUAAAUCAGUUUAAAUGCUUAACUUGUAUUGAACAAGGGAAGGAAAAAAAAACAACAACAGCAACUUGCACAAACCCUGACAAUAUGCCAGAAGAACCCACCCCCAACAAACACAAACACAACAGAGUAAAGCCACAAACCCUGAGCACAAACAGCAUGUACCACACUGUGCUCGGCUGCUGUUUCAGGUCACAGAUUGUGGCGAUUGUAGCUUCCUGUUUUUCUCUGCUUGGCGUGUAUGUCCCCCAGCAUUUCCGCUGAGUUGCAACUGUUAAAAAUGUUUUUUAUCAUUAGGUGGACGCAGUGUACUUCAAGAACGAAGCUACGAGUAACUUGAAACACUGGUCCAGGUGUCGUGCCACGGUUGUUACCGGCUGCUGCCACAUCCAUUGUUAUGGUAGCCGUUUGCAUCUACUUUAGAUCUGCAGAACUACACAUGACAGGUGUUAGUUUACAGCUCUGAUAUCAGAUCUGCCCGAAUCUAAAGAGUGAAGUUUUAGAGAUCGAAGGCUCAUUUUUAUUACCAUUACCCAAUACACGGUGGUAAAAGGAAAUUGUAGACGUAGCUGCUGCAUGCUACUAAUGAAAAAAGGAUGGACGAUGAAUUCAGCAGCAUCGCAGCCUGAAGAAAAGACAAAAAAAGGAAGAAAAGAAAGAAAUCUGGUGGUGCACCACUGGAUCCUUCUGCAUCGCUUGGCAGAUGGCAGCAGGGUGAACAGGCUGUGGAUGGGGUGGGUUUUAUCUGUGCAUGUAUCUCACCAGUAUCACUUUUACUGGGUAGAUGGAUGCUGCUGAUGCCCUGCGUGGUUUUAAUCACCAACCGCAGAGCUUUCAGGUCUUGGGCUGUGCACAUCCAGUACCAGAUUUUAAAACUAUGGAUGCUUUCUCAUUCUCAUCAGUAUUGUAAUGUUUAUAGCACAAAAACAGUCGGAGCCCUCGAGGAUCCGGACUUACUGCACAUACCGGGAUUAAAGGGUCGUGUAAAUUCCGGGUCUUGGUUUAAAGAGUCGACGUCUCUCUGGAUAUUUGGAUUCUGCCCGACAUCACAGCUGGGUCUUCAAGGCAGCCAUGUUGUUUCAGCUGUUAGUGUGUCGUCUUGGUCUUUGUGGAUGGCGGUGACGCCCCCAGGUGCGUGUCCCCGGUGUUUAUGGCCUCUGGCUGGACUGAAUCUAGCAGGUGGACUCUGAUGAUGGUCCCCACUGCUGAACUGAACCAAACCAGAGACCUGAACCAGAUUUUGCUGAACCAGUUCUUCCUGCUGGACUUUUCUUCUUCUUCUUCUAUUUCUGACUCUGUGUUUUGCUUGUGUGCUUUUUGAGCCUGUGUUUGACCCGUAGUUGUAGUUCUUCGGUCACAAUAGAUUUCUGCAUGCGUGUGUUGAUGAUGAUGAUGAUGCAGAUGCAGAUUUAUGGUGCUUCUUCAGUAUAAUUUUCUUUCUUUUGUUUUAAAGGUGAGGGGCAGGGCUUAAAACCUGCCUUGUCAGUGAUGAUGCGCAUGUCACCUGAUCUCUGUACAGUUUCAUCCUCAGCUCUGAUUGGUUGAGCUCUGUUUGUUACGGAAUCGUUUUUUCUACUAUAAGGGAAUAAAAAAUAAAUAAAAAAACUUUAAGGGUUUGUAUAAAAGAACUCCAGGAUCAGUUGUUUCUACUGACUGUGUACAGUUUGCUAACAGUGUGUAAAUGUGCCUGUAAAUACCUGUCUGAGGAUGAUGAUGAUGAUGAUUCAGUCUGCAAUGGAAAUGUGCUUUUAUUGUGAAAAGGCAGGAGGCCAAACACAAUUUGUAUCAUGUAAAAAUAAAGUUAUAAUUUUAACAGUU